GGGAGAGCGGACAUAGUGAAUGCGGGGUCUGGGGAGAGCGGACAUAGUGAAUGCGGGGUCCGGGGAGAGCGGAUAUAGUGAAUGCGGGGUCCGGGGAGAGUGGAUAUAGUGAAUGCGGGGUCCGGGGAGAGCGGAUAUAGUGAAUGCCGAGUCCGGGGUGAGCGGACAUAGUGAAUACGGGGUCUGGGGAGAGCGGACAUAGUGAAUGCGGGGUCCGGGGAGAGCGGAUAUAGUGAAUGCGGGGUCCGGGGAGAGCGGACAUAGUGAAUGCAGGGUCCUGGGGAGAGCGGAUAUAGUGAAUGCGGGGUCCGGGGAGAGACCGUGGAGGGGCAGCCGUGGAGGGGCAGCGUGGAGAGGCAGCGUGGAGGGGCAGCGUCCGGGGAGGGGCAGCGUGGAGGGGCAGCGUGGAGGGGCAGCGUGGAGAGGCAGCGUGGAGAGGCAGCGUGGAGAG